GAAUCACAAACUCAGUCAAAACUGAAAGCAUUUCUCACAAAAGAAAUAGGAAAUGGGUUUUGAGAAUGCAGCUCAAGUUUGCAACGGUAUCUUGUCUUCUGCUUCCGACCGCAAGAAGACGACAUCUCUCUCAUCGGAUUCCAUUAUCAAUCUCGACCAUGGUGAUCCUACAAUAUUCGAGACGUACUGGAGGAACCAGGGGGAGAAAUGUACGCUGGUGAUUUCGGGGUCUGAUGUGAUGAGCUACUUCAGCAACACUGGAAACAUAUGCUGGUUUUUGGAGCCCAAGCUAGACAAUGCCAUAAGGAAUGUGCAUCGGCUAGUGGGGAAUGCGAUGGCGAACGAUCGCCAUAUCCUGGUGGGGACUGGCUCAACGCAGCUCUUCCAGGCGGCCCUGUUCGCCCUCACUUCUCCUGAUGCGGAUGAACCCAUCAGCGUUGUAUCCGCUGCCCCUUACUACUCGGUGAGCAUAAUUAGCAAUUAAAUCUUAACUGUUGAUAUUCAUUGAUUUAGGCAUUUGACUUUUCCUCGUCAAUUUUUUUUUAUUGAAGGAAUUUCGUGAAUCUAAUUGAAUUAAAUAAACGAAGAGUUGUAUAUAAUUUAAAUGAAAGUUUUAUAAUUUU